GAGGUUCAGUGUAUUCAUGUCCACGUGGUCUGACUCUGUUCUUCCCAAAUGAAGAGGAAAUCUAUAUUAGUGGCUAUCAGGUGCUAAAGGGAGGACAUAGGCUGAGUCUGCCGCAAACAGUGCGCAAUGUUUUCAUUGAGCGUUUGGCUGACUACAUCCUGGUGAAGAGCACAUUUGGCUUCUCUCUGGCAUGGGACGGGAGCUCUGGAGUCUACCUCAAAAUGACUGAAGCGCACAAAGGAAGGCCUUGUGGUCUGUGUGGAAACUAUAAUGAUGACGGAUCGGAUGAUCUCAGCAGCAGCCGCGGUAUAGUCUCUGACGACAUUGCUGGUUUUGGGAACAGCUGGGCAGUAAAUUUGCCUCAAGAGAGACCCUGUCCUGAGGUCGAUGAUGAUUUCCCUGGACCUUGCUCAUCUGAGUCUGAUAUGGAUGAUGCCAUUGAGAAGUGCAGUGCAUUGCUUUUCUUUCCUUUCAUCUCCUGCCAUGAGAACAUUGACCCAAAUCCAUUUGUUGCCAGCUGUGUUUCGGACAUGUGUGUAUCAGAUGAUGAGGAGACAUUUUGUCGGACUCUUGUUGAGUACACCAGGGCCUGUUCUCAUGUGGGAUACCCCGUCAGAGAAUGGAGGGACAGUUUUCCUACAUGCGCGGACGGAUGUGAGGAUAGUUUUGUCCACAGAGACUGUAUCAGCUGCUGCCCACCUACAUGCACGUUCGAGAAGGAGUGUUUAGGCACCAAUCUACACUGUCUGGAUGGAUGCUACUGUCCAGAUGGUAAGACCAAUAAUCAGAUGCCUAAAUGA